AUGGCGUCGGCGGCGUCGACGACGUCGAAGAUACGCGUGACUAGAACAACGGCCCGCGGCUUGAGCAGGUUGCAGGAGCAAGAGGGGGGAGUUCUGAGCUGGUGCGAUCUCCCCUCGGACCUGUACGGCCAGAUCCUGCGUCGUCUCCCUUCCUGCAAAGACCGCGUCCGUCUCAGCGCGGUCUGCCGCCAUUGGCGUGUCUGUGCAUGGCAAGACUUGCCCGGCGUGUGCCAAAUUCUCCCGAUGCGCGUGACUAGAACGGCCAGCGGAACGCACGUGGUGCACGUCCGCGGCUUCAGUAGGUUGCAGGAGCAGCAGUGCGGCGUCGGCGGCUUCGUAGACUCCCCGGCGUUCGCCGUCGCCGGCCUCCACUGGGCCAUCCGAUACUACCCGGGCUCCGACGGCGGCGACGGCGAGCGCGGCCACGUGGGCGCCUUCGUCAGGCUGCUGACGGAGGGCGUGGUGGUGCGGGGGUACGUCGGCCUCCUGCUUCUGGACCAGACCACCGGCCUCGCGGGCACCGUCAUCAUCUGGGACCGCCGGCGUACGCGGUUCGACGCGGCGCGGUCCUGCACCAGGGGCACAAGCAAGGUCGCCAAGCGGAGCGAGCUCAAGGGGUCACCGUCACGCUUCGUCCGCGGCGACUGCCUCAAGAUAGAAUGCGUCCUCGAAGACGUCUUCCGGGAUCGCAUGUUGAAAUAA